GGCGCACAUGGCACCCAAAACAGAAGGGAAAGAAGACGAAGCAAAACAAAUUUAUGCUGAAUAGUCGCAAUUUAUUUACAAAUUAAACAUGCCUAAAGUAAAAACAGAAAAGAAAACACGCAUACAUAAUGAGGUGCAAAAGCAAGGCAUUGUGUUCAACAAGGAUUUUGGCCAGCAUAUAUUGAAGAAUCCCUUGGUUAUAACGACUAUGCUGGAGAAGGCUGCAAUGCGUGGUACCGAUGUGGUGCUGGAAAUCGGUCCCGGUACUGGUAACAUGACCGUGCGAAUGCUUGAGCGUGCCAAGAAGGUAAUUGCCUGCGAAAUCGAUACACGCCUUGCCGCUGAACUGCAGAAACGUGUGCAGGGAACACCGUUGCAACCGAAGCUACAGGUGCUCAUUGGUGACUUUCUCAAGGCGGAGCUGCCUUUCUUUGACUUGUGCAUUGCCAACGUGCCGUACCAGAUCAGUUCGCCAUUGAUCUUCAAGUUGUUGCUGCAUCGUCCGCUAUUCCGCUGUGCCGUGUUGAUGUUCCAACGUGAGUUUGCCCAACGGUUGGUGGCCAAGCCAGGCGACAAGCUUUUCUGCCGCUUAAGCAUCAACACACAGCUAUUGGCACGCGUGGACAUGCUGAUGAAGGUGGGCAAAAACAAUUUCAAGCCACCGCCAAAGGUUGAGUCGAGUGUGGUGCGUCUGGAGCCAAAGAAUCCUCCACCGCCUGUCAACUUUACCGAAUGGGAUGGCUUAACCCGCAUUGCUUUUCUGCGGAAAAACAAAACUCUAGCGGCGACUUUUAAAGUGAACUCUGUGAUUGAAAUGCUCGAAAAGAACUAUAAAUUGUAUCGUUCACUGAGAAAUGAGCCAAUUGAGGAAAACUUUAACAUGCAGGAGAAAGUCAUAGGUAUACUGGAGGAACAAGGCAUGAGCACAUCUCGAGCGAGAUCUAUGGACAUCGAUGAGUUUAUGCGUCUGCUCUUGGCUUUUAAUUCAGCAGGCAUACAUUUCAACUGAUCCGCUCUAUGAUUAUAUCUAGAAUAUAUUUUAUCUUAAGAACUCGUUUAAUAACUUUAUUAAACUUUGUAUGCUAUUGUACAUACGAAUUGUUACACACA